UCCCCCCCUCCCCAUUUCUUCUUCUUCUUCUCUCAGCCUGACUCCUCUGGAACCCUCCCCCUAGCAAAUACAGAGGUACCCACCCACAUGCAGCCAUCUGACCGCUCCUCCCACGCUGGUCAUGGUCCACUCCCCCCCACCCCGACUAUCCAGUCAGUCAAGGCAGUGAGUCAGUGGAAGCAGUGUAAUCCUCUGUGAAGUAAAGGGCCUGUACGGUUGCAUAUGCUGGCUUUUGUCAUGGCGGUUGUUGUUGUUGCAGAGGCCUCCCUCAGAAGAGAACAUGAGGGAGAACAGGAGGCAGCAUAAAGCUCACAAAGGGAGGAAGAGAAAGCGAGGGAGUGAGCAAGGGACACUGACAUUGCCAUUUCUCUGAGCGGAGGAGCAUGAGCUUCACGGGGCAACGGAUGUGAUUCAGUGGUGGUGAAGCUACAUGAUGAGGGACUGGCAUUACUCUCCCACGCCAAUCUCGAAUUGGACCAACAAUCACCUUUGGAGAUAUUUGCCACAUCCAAUUUUAAUAUUUUAAUAUUAAGGAAUAUUUAAAUCUUCAAUUUCCUUGGUCUCCUUCCAUCACCGCCUACCAAAAGUGCCUUUUUGUGUUACCUUGGUCUACAUUUUUUUUUUUACUCAUCCGACUUCAUUUUCAGAUUCCACAUUUUUACCAGACCUAAUAACUUCAGUAAUCAUUAAACACGUUGCCAUAUUUUAGAGAAAGUACAGCAACGACAUCACCUUCCAUCAAAUGCAGACUUGACAAUAAUCACCUUACAGAAUUUAAUUUCUGUGUUGGGCGAGCGCGUUGAGCCACAGCGUUAAACCACUGAGAGUCGGGUGACUUCUUGCACUGCCUCCUCCUGAUCGCUGCUUUUUGACGACACGGAGCCGUCGCCAUGGUCGCUUUGCAGUCGAAAUGGCGCUACAUGUUCAUGUUCCUGGGCAUCCAGCUGGUGGUCAUGGCCCUGCUGUCCCGGGAGGGCUACCAGAAGAGGGUCAACUACUUCAUCCGCAUCUUCCGCAAGGCCAACACCACUGCCGCGUUAGGCCGCAACCACACUGCAGCCGGCGUCAUUGGAGGGGACGUCUAUGCCAACCUCUCCCACCUACCCAGAACUCCGGGCCAUGUGGAUGAAAUGCCCUACUGCCCCAAGAUAUCCCCUUUGAUAGGCGGGCCGAUCCACGUCAACUUCCCAUCAGGGCUCAGUCUAGCAGAGGUUGUGAGGAAAAAUCCCCUGGUGGUUCGGGGGGGACGUUACAGGCCACCUGACUGUGAGGCCAGGCAUCGAACUGCCAUCAUCAUUCCCCACAGACACAGGGAGCAUCACCUCAAGUUCCUGCUCUACUACCUACACCCUUUUCUGCAACGUCAGCAGCUCAACUAUGGAAUUUACAUCAUUCAUCAGGCUGGAAACUACACGUUUAACAGAGCCAAGCUGAUGAAUGUGGGUUUCCGGGAGGCCAUGAGGGAGGAGGACUGGGACUGUCUCUUCUUUCACGACGUGGACCUCAUUCCAGAGGACGAUCGCAACACAUACGUCUGCGAUGGCAACCCGAAGCACUCGGCCAUCGCCAUGGACAAGUUUGGCUACAAGCUUCCAUACAAGAUGUACUUUGGUGGAGUGUCGGCUCUGUCGCCACUGCAUUACCUCAAAAUGAACGGUUUUCCCAACAACUACUGGGGCUGGGGUGGAGAGGACGAUGAUAUUGGAGUCAGGGUGUCUCUGGGGGGGAUGUACAUCAGUCGUCCAUCAGUGAAAGUCGGCCGUUACAAGAUGAUAAAGCACAAGCUGGACAAAGGAAACGACGUGAACCCAAAGAGGUUCAAUAUGCUGGCCAAGACACGUCAGAGCUGGAAGUCGGAUGGGAUGAACACAGCGGAAUAUGAGAUCAUUUCACGGCAACACAUGCCCCUCUACACAAACAUCACGGUCAACAUCGGCACUGAGGACGGACUACACCCACGUCCUCCAUUUGCGGGAAAAACUGCUCCUAAAGUGCCAGCGCAAGUCAAACAGAAGGAAAAGUCCUCCCUCAAAAAAGACAGCUAGUGCUGCACUUUGCCAUUACUUCAGGAGGAUGAUCCUGUCAGAUGGUUUCUUCUCAGUGGCCUGAAGCCUUGUUGCUCAUUUCAAGCUUCUUUUUUUGUCUGUUUGUGGAGAAUAGACAUGAUACCGUCAUUUAAGUGAUAAUUACACCUGGGGCCGUAUUCACAGACAUUAUAAUCUCAGAAAGCUCCCAAUUUUGCUGGAACAUUUGUAGCGAGACUCGCAACUUGGAGUGACUUACGAAACUUGUCAAAGCAACUCUGAGCAAAGCAGGGACAGAAACUUUGACCUAAGUGAGGAGGUGUGGUGGAGCCUGGUGCCAGCUGAUGCUUUCUUUUAUAAAAUGUGAUCCACAGAUAUGAAACUGAAAUAUGGACAAAGGGGCAAUCAUAGAAUUUAGUCUCCAUUAAGACAAAGGUGAUCAUGAUGGUUUUAUACUUAAUCUAUUUUGAAUAAAUAGGCUAUAGUUUUAAAGGAGCCCACAAAAUGUUUAGUUACACAGGCCUACCUGUGCAAACGCCUGCUCACACGCUGGUAGUUUUAUUUAUUUAAAUUGUUUAUUUACCAUGCUGGUGAUUUCAGUAUCUAAUCAAUUUGUUUUAAAGGGAGGAAAAUAUCCCCGCUUAUAUUGAUUCAAGCGAUUGUUAACCAGCCUGGUGCAGCGAUGGCCGUCGCGUUACUUUAACGUGAACCAGCAAACAAGCAAUAGAAGGAAGUGAAGGAACCAGAAAAAAACAUUUGCACCGCAAUCCAUAUUUAUUAUCAGCUCUGUUUGUCAACAAGUGCAAAAUCAUUUCAAUGUCACAGCUCAAACCAAGAGGCCAAGGUAGGAAGAAUAAAGUCCAGCAGAUUAACUCCUCACUCCCCCUGGUGGUGCAGUGAGGAGUGUGGAAACCGGUGGUUGCUGUGUUGCUGCAGUCAGACUGUAAAAACUAAUAGAAGUAGGCAGGUUCCACUCGUCUGAGAUUUAUUCAAAUAUUGUUAGCUUCAAAAAAGUUUCUUAAAAGUCCUCCUCCCACCUCUUUUAAAACUUUAGACUUAACUAAGGGGAAGUUGUUAGGAUCCAUCUUAAAUCUACGAGUUUCUUUUUGAAUUUCACCACUAGGAGCAGCUCUUCGUAUCGGGAAGCUUCAUGAAUACGGCCCCUGGUUUUUUGAAAAUAAAAACUAAAGACGUGAUUUUUUUUUCCCCCCACCCUUGGCUGACGGCUCUCCACGAUGAUGAUCGCUGAUUAUUCUUCCAUGGCAGCCAAAGCAAAGAGAGAAGGCUAAAAGUUGGACUCUAUGAGUUUGUAUAUCUACAGCGCUGCGGUCGCUGGUUAAACCUUGCGAUGCCUUAGAAUCUUGUUUUUGUCUUUUCACUCGUAUUUUACAUUAUCUUAGAAUACUGGGUUUAGAUGGAGCAGUAGCUGCGAUUUCCUGCAGUCACACUGUGCCACAACAGAGUCGGACCUAUAUUUUUUUGUCUCAAAGCCAAUGAAUACGUGAGUGAACGAGUGUGAAGCUGCUGCAACGAGUACGACAUCUAUAAUAACUGUGCACAUAUCUAUAUAUCUUUCUCUGCACUUUUACCUAGAAAUGGUUCUUGAACAGAGAUCCCGCUUGGUUUCAGUUUAGCUCGUACAUGAAAAUAUAGGCUGAAGCUUUCUCCUGUUUUCGGAGCGGCACAUGGUUUGGCCUGUUGUUAUAGAUUCAGUAGAAUCACCAGUGGGACUGAGGAUGAAGUGAAGACGAGGUACAUUUCGUCUGUAGCGUUUAUCUUAGCAGUAACGAGUGCAUUCAGUUCAGCCUUUUGAAUGAUUUCCUUUCAUUUCCGCAUGUCAAAUAUCUGCUUUUUAUUUGUGUUUUUUUUGUGUGUGUGUAUUUGCCUUCUUCAAAUAGAGCAGCAGAGCUUGUGAUUCACAUCAGAAUGGAGUCUCUUUGCUUUACCUUCUCACACGUAUCCACAGGAUAUAUCAGAUUGUGCCUCAGGUCGGAGAAAUAACUGAAGCAAUUGUGUUUUUUGUGUUUGACGCCGACCUGAGUUUUCCCUGAUUACAUCAAAUGUAAUUCACUCCCGCCAAAUUAUUUUUCAUCUGGUGAAAUCUCCAUGGUUACGGCUGCUGUAGUCGCAAAAGAUCAUUUUCAUGUUUUCCCUUCGGUUCAGUUAAAGGAUUUUAUCGUCUUCUGUGUUUUUCAGGGAAUCUUGCGAGCCCAUGGACAGAUUUAGUGAAUUGAAACGCUACACAAUAAUGUCUAAAUGCACCGUUGUCAUGGUGAUGUAUUGAUGAGGAAAGAUACAUUUCUAAAUUAUCGGAGUUUGAAUUUUGCUGAGACAUUUGCCAUGUCCCUUCACCCUGUGCCCUCAUACUGCAUCCCUCCUCCUCCUCCACCUCCACCCUCACCUCCACUACUCUGACAGAUUUGAUUGUCGAUAAGUAAAAACUGAAACAGUCCCUUUAUCCACUGAGUGUCUGUGUUGACAGGCGGACAAGUUGAAACCAAAGACGACUGCAUGGAAGCUGUGCUGAUGGCUAUAAAAAUGUGUGUGUAUAGGAUUUGCUCCAUAUGUCACGAUGAUUUCUGUAAAGCUGUAAUUCUCCAACUUAAUGGACCUAUCACCAUUUCAAACCUCUUUCAGGUCUGUGUUUAAAAAGGUUUUGAGACCACGGACUGUUUAAAGAUGGACGACGCACGUUAUCCAGAAACAAAGACAAUAUAACCCAGAUGUGAACGCUGACAUUUGGGGGGGUGGAGCUCCUGCCAGUACAUGCACUCGCUCAAUAGUGAGUUAGUCCCAGCUGUCAAUCAUGAUGUUGCACCCUAAUUUUAUGGCAUCAAAUUACUAAUUAGAAUCAAACUUAACAGGGAAAUUAGCAUUUGAAAAUGCCUACCUAAAAUAUCAGAAACCAUCUUUGAGACAAUUCAUUAGAUUCACAUGUUUUUUUAAUUAAAUUUUUAGUCCCAUCCAUGUUCCACCCAUUAACAUGGAGAACUUGGGGUUCAUGACACUGUUGUAAUGUCGUCCAUCUUUAUUUACAGUCCUUCAAGACAAACCUGAAUGAGUUCCCAAACCACGGAUUAAAAGAAUGAUGUUUUAUGAGUGAAAGCUUGAGGAUAGUUCAUGAUAUUUUUCUUUUUGUUCAUAUUCUGUCAUUUUUCUCUACAUUAUUUGUCAUCGUGAUAUUUGCUGAAGCGAAUGAGACAAGGUUUGAGAACAGUUGCCUGUUAUUCUUCUUAAAAUAGAUGCCCAAAUACUAUAAGCGUUUAAAAUGAACUCAUGUUCAUCUCCUAUGGCCUUAGCGACACACACUGCACUGGUUCAACACUUGCUCACGGCGCAAUUUUCUUUUUAUAUCAAGACUAAACAUGCAUGGCAGAGAACCUAUUAUUGAGGAUAUGGGAAUGUACGGGGCCCACGGUGAUUCAUACCAGUGCUCGCCUAUAAAAAUGUGAAGCAUGAAGUGUCUGUUUUGUGAUCCAGAAACUGUUGUCGUGACUUUAUAUGUAAACUUCCAUUUGCUGUGCGGAGUGCCCCUCACUUUUGUUUAACUUUAGAGAACGAGAAAAAGGGCAUUUUUGAGCAAAAUGUACAAAAAGAUGCUGGUGUGUCCAAAGUCACAUUUCAUGAUUUUAACACUUUUUAGAUGCUUUAGGUUUUAUUUGAUUUCGACUCCAUUCUGAUGUGAAUAAGCUCAGCAACAAUAGAAAUCAGUCACCGCAGGGUGAGACUGGUACAACCAAGGGCAACGUGACUUUGUGAACCUUCUGCUCUCAAUUCUGCACAGUCCCAAGUGGCCUUAAAUUCAUUAAUAAACGGAUAAUUCAAAACAAA